AUGAAUGCUAGACGUGGUCGUUAUGCGUUGAUUUUACUUGGUGUGGUUUAUUUGAUAGUUAUUGCUGCAUUGCUGUAUGACGACACAGCACAAAAAAAGGCGAUUACGUUACCUCAUGGCGAAUCACGUAUCGAAUCAGCGUAUCGUAAUACACGAAACCUUAUCAUGAUUCCUGGUCAUGGGGUUCUUAACUCCUUGAGUGCAUCUGAUUGGAGAAGUGGGAAUAAUUGGGGCUUGGAGCCACAUCAGCUUCGUGAUGGUGUUUCUUUGCCUCUUUGUUUUGCUUCUCAUAUCCGGCGUGGUUUACAGAUUCUUAAAGAAGACAUUAACUCUUCGCUUCUUAUUUUUUCAGGUGGUCAGACACGCGAUGGAACUGGACCACGAAGUGAAGGACUUAGUUACUAUCUUGUGGCAGAGGAGACAGAACUGUUUGGUCUUUUUGAUUCAGUAGUUGAAAGAAAAUAUGUUUUGCAAAAACGAAUUUUUGCGGAAGAAUUUGCUAGGGAUUCUUAUGAAAAUUUGUUAUUUAGUAUUGCGCGGUAUUACGAAAUAACGGGUCAAUUUCCUGAGAGAAUAAUUGUCGUGGGUUGGAAACACAAAGAAAAACGAUUUUCUACUUAUCAUAGAGAGGCACUGCGUUUUCCACGAAGCAGGUUUACGUAUAUUGGUCUUGAUUUUGAAGAUGCUGGUGUAUUUGUGAACGAUUUGGAACCAUAUCGAAAAGCUUUGCCUUACAGUGAUUCCAAUGCUCUAGCUCUUGUCACUGAGGAUAUGUACCUUUGUAACUCCGGAAAACGGACUAGAGCCAAGAGAAAUCCUCAAUUUCGGGUUCCCCCCUACGAAUUGAGCUGUCCCCCUCUUCGUCCUUUGUUGCGUUACUGUGGGCCCCAACUGAUUGAUAAGAAAAUGGUUCCGUGGGGAUAA